UAUUUUGUUCUUCUGUGCUUAAAUGUUGUUGUUCAGCAAAGAGUAAGUUUGAAAUAAAGUUUUUUAAUGUAAUCAACUUUUGCUUCACAUUAAUAGGACAUAGGUGCUUAUGAGAGAGCUCUCAAGGAGCAAGGAAGUGCUAAUGUAGCAUACGCUCGUCUUAUGUUACUGGGAUCAGCUGGUACUGGCAAGACGUCUCUCAAGCGUUCAUUAAUGGAAGAACCUUUCAAUCCUCAUACUACAAGCACCAUUGUAUCUGAUGUAUCCUCUGUACGGCCAUUUGGACACAAGUGGCAAACAAUGAGAGAAAACAAAUGGAGAGAAGCUACAGAAGAAGAUGAAAUUGAGGAACUUGAACAUUUGUUUAAAUCCUUUCAAUCUAAACAAUCCUCACACUAUAGACCUACAUUUAGUGCACAAUAUUCUCAUGAUGAAUUGAUUUCUACUGGUUCUAUAACUUCCAUUUUGGGUAUAGAGAGUAGUUUUAUCCAAUCAAUACUAAGAAGAACUACACGUAGACUAUUGUUUUUGUCAUCAUUGUCACAAUCAACUGUUCAACCAUUUCUUCAUAUAUGGGAUUGUGGUGGUCAGCCAGUGUUCCUUGAGAUUCUCCCAGCCUUCCUCACUCCUCGUACAAUGUUUCUCCUCCUGUUUGAUGCUUCAAAGGAUUUCAGGAAAAGAUGGCAGUCACGUCAGAAUACUCCUGAUGGUAAAGUGCUGUUUGGUGAGGUAGUGAAUGAAAGCACGAGUGAUCUAAUGGCCAAAUGGAUGUCUACAAUACACAGUCACCUCAUGAAGCACAACAAAGAUAAUACCUCUUCUUCUAGUCUCUAUUGUAUUGGCACUCGUGGUGACAAGUUGAAUUCAGAAGGCAAGAAAGAAGUAAAGCAGCAAAUGCAGUCCCUGUUUGAGGAGAAAGAUUUCUCAGAUCUUAUCAAAGAUGUGCUAAUCAUUGAUAAUACGACCUCAGGCAGAGGUGAAAAAGAAGAUCCAAGCAUCAAAGAAUUACGCAAAGUUAUUGAUGGUUUUAUCAAAAAGUUAGUUGUUCCAACCCCUGUCAAUUGGGUUCUAUUUCGCAAAGUUUAUCAAGAGCUAAAGCAGAAUGUCAUUAGUGCAUCUGAUGCUAUUGCCAUUGGAGUG